CUCCUUACUUCUCUUCAAACAAAAUCAGCUCAAAAUCUGCCAUUUCUGCUUCGAGAACUUAAAUUCCAAAGUAGCCACUUGCUCAAAUCCUGGUUUUGCUCUAUACUUUGUCUGAGGUUUUUGCUGAUUUUUGAGAAGUCCUCAAAUGGGUCUCUCCAUGAACACCACCCCACCAAGCUCUGUGGCUGAAUCCCAUUACCACACCCACAAGGUCUUCCUCUUUUGCAACUACAUUCUACUUGGUGCAGCCUCCAGUUGCAUCUUCCUCACCCUCUCGCUCCGCCUUUUCCCCUCCAUAAGCGGGUUCUUUCUAAUCCUCCUCCACAUCCUCACCAUUGCGGGGGCGGUCUUCGGCUGCGCAGCGGCCUCAUCGGGGGGGACUAGCAGGUGGUAUGCAGCUCACAUGGUUGCCACUGUGCUGACAGCGAUAUUUCAAGGAUCGGUCUCGGUGCUGAUCUUCACAAGGACAGGGGAUUUUCUCGGGCAGUUGAAGUCCUAUGUGAGGGAAGAGGACGGCGCUGUGAUACUGAAGUUGGCUGGCGGGUUGUGCGUGUUGAUCUUUUGCUUGGAGUGGGUGAUCUUGACACUUGCAUUUUUCCUCAAAUACUAUGCUUAUGUUGAGCGUGAUGGUGUUGGGGCUAACGGCUAUGCUAUGAGGAGGAGUGCUAAAGUGCAGCAAGAGGAGGACUUGAAGGACUGGCCAUGGCCUUUCCAAGUCUAAACAGAUCGUUUUUCGUGCUGACCGGUGAUGAUAUUGAGUUAUUGGAGUUCUCUAUUUAAUUUUUAAGCGUUUUUUUUUCCCAUUCUAUUUUGCUUUUACCCCAUAUGAUGAUGAUUAUAUAUUGGGGGGUUUUGGGUGUAUUUAAUUAAUUAAUUUAUUUACUGUUCUCAUUAAGAUUAGCUAUUUUCUCAUUGAAUUUCAUGUUGUGUGGCCAAAACAGCUGUUUGGGUUCAAUCGCAGAGAAGAAAAUCUGUUGUAAACUUGGGCGUUGGGGGACAUUGAAAGAUUUUUCUGUUCAAUUGAUUGUUUCAUUCCUUGUA